AUUUCAUAUUAUAUAAAUAAUUUUAAUUUUAUUUAUAAUUUAUUAAAUGAUUUAUAUUAUAUAUGUAUUAUUGUAUCAUAAAAUUUUUAAACAAAAUAUUAUAAUUCUUUUUUUAAAAGUUUUAUACUAUAUCUGAAAUGUAUGAAAUAAAUCAUUCAGUGUUCAGUUUAUAAAAAGCUUAAAUGAAUUGAAACUGAAUUAGCUUUUGUGAGCAAUUUCAAGCAAGUAUCGGAAUUUAUUGAAAACUUCAUAUAUGGGCAACGGAAAUUUGGAAUCUUAUCAUUAUUGUUUUACAAUAUUAUCAUGUUAUUUAUAAGAAUAUCUAUCUGUCACUUAUUACAAUUUUUUUGAAUAUGUAUUAUAUUCAAUUGCAUGUACUGCGACAUUUGCAGACUUAAUAUUAUUUAUCAAUUUUCUAUUAAAGUAUGGCUGUACGUCGUGGAAAAAGAAAUUUGAAAUUGCAGGUUUCUGAAGAGACACCUGCACCUGUCACACCACCAAGAAAUUUGGAUAAAAGAACUACAAUAACUAUAGGUGAUAAAACAUUUGUAGUAGAAGCAGAUGAUUUAGAAACAAUUUGUAUUCUUGGACGUGGAGCAUAUGGUAUUGUUGAUAAAGUACGACAUAAACAAAGUGGUACUAUUAUGGCAGUUAAGAGAAUAACUGCAACAGUUAAUACACAGGAACAAAAGCGUUUACUUAUGGAUUUAGAUAUUUCUAUGCGUAGUUCAGCAUGCCAGUAUACAGUACAAUUUUAUGGAGCAUUAUUUAGAGAAGGAGAUGUUUGGAUAUGUAUGGAAGUCAUGGAUAUGAGUCUGGAUAAAUUUUAUAUGAAAGUGUAUAAACAUGGACAUGCCAUUCCUGAAGAUAUUUUAGGAAAAAUUGCCUUUGCAGUAGUAAGUGCAUUACAUUACCUGUAUUCACAGUUGCGAGUAAUUCAUAGAGAUGUAAAACCUAGUAAUAUUUUAAUUAAUCGAAAAGGAGAAGUUAAGAUUUGUGACUUUGGUAUUUCUGGAUACCUUGUAGAUUCUGUUGCCAAAACUAUUGAUGCUGGUUGUAAACCAUAUAUGGCUCCAGAAAGGAUAGACCCAUUGGGUAACCCUUCACAAUAUGACAUCAGAUCUGAUGUUUGGUCGUUAGGUAUAUCUCUUGUUGAAUUAGCAACAGGAAAAUUUCCUUAUGAAUCUUGGGGUACACCUUUUGAACAAUUAAAACAAGUUGUAAAGGAUGAAGCGCCCAAAUUACCAGCUGGUAAAUUUUCGGCUAGUUUUGAAGAAUUUAUCAAUAAAUGUUUAAUGAAAGAUUAUAUUGCCCGUCCAAAUUAUAAUCAAUUAUUGAAACUUGAUUUUAUCACAGAACAUGCCAAUAAGGAAACAAAUGUUGCUGAAUUUGUUGAACAUAUUUUAGAUAUUCCUGAAGUUGAAUAAUCAGCAUAGUAUACAAAUAUUUUUAUUAUAAUAUGUUACAUAAUCUUUAAUGUAACUUCGUAAUGUAUCAAAAUUAUUUAAUCAAUUCUCUAUAUCUAUUUCCAUCAAUCAUUUAUUAUUCAUUAAUGCACUAUAAUUUGAAAUAUAUUAUAAAACAGAAAAUAUGUAACUUUUGUUUAAAAAAUUAUUUCUUCGAAAGUUCACUUUUUUGUUUAUUCAAUAUGCGAUUUAUAUAUAAUUUUCAUAAUAAUCUUUUUGUAUUAAACAGGAAGCAAAGUCAUGUAAAUAAUUACAUAUAAAAUCCAAAUUAUGCAGAUUUACUUAAUAAAUAUAAUUGAAAUAAUAAUGAAUUAACGAUAUUUUAAAAUAAUGAUAUUAAUAUAUAUUAUAUAAUUUAAAAAAUAAUCAUUUAUAAGAGAAUGUUAUGUACAAAUGUUAUGUAGCGUUUUAAAAAAAUAAGAAACAAAAUUAAUUACAUUUGUUUAUUUAUACAGUAAUUAGUAAUAAAUAUAGUUAAAUAUAUUACACAACAUAAAUAUAUAUUAGCAUUAAAAAACAACUUUAUUAUAUUCCAUAAUUAAAUAUUUUUUUACUUAUUUUAUAUGUAACAGCAAAAUAAAAUAAGUAAGAAAUGAAUUAAAUGAUUGUUUUAUUAAAUGAAAUAUUUGACAAUAAAUUUAUAAAGAUAUAAGCUUCAAUUAUAUUGAGAAAUUUUGAAAAAUGUAUUACAUUCUGAAGGAUGUAUGUUUUAUUUGUAAAGCAUUAUUAGUUCAUAUGUAAAGAACAUAAAUUAUA